GCUGCAAAGAAAAGUCGCUUCGACCCUGUUCGAACAACGGUGACCAAGUCGAGCGGACCCGACCUGACCUUCCUCCCAUCAUGACCGAAUUCUCCCUGGGACCGUCCACGUCGGGUGUGUGGCAUACACCCAACAUGACAAAAGAUGCAGCGACCAGGGCCGAGAUGCUGCUUCAUGCCAACCAUGACAAGUUCCAUGUCUUUUGGAAUCUCAAGGGCUAUCACAACCAUCAAGUCCAUUACCUGCUCACGGCCUAUGCCUUGGGAGCCACCCCUGAACAAUUGCAGAGCGCCUUCAACACGAACCUCAACUACCAGCGACCACGGCAACCGAUCGAUGAGACGCUGGUCAAGAAGUUCAAUGAUGAACGGUAUUUCAAGUCAUUAAUGGGCAAUGACGCGUAUUUCAACGAUUACACGGCUUUUUUCCAGCGCAAGUUCGAAGAGGAAGGGGGCUAUCCGAGUGUGGUCAACAAGUAUCUCUUUUCUCGCACGGAGCUGGCAGAUGACUUGCUCGUGGGUUUGCAUGCCGGCGUCAUCCACCCUCUUAUCCACUUCGGCUUCGGGAUCGAGUUCCAGCAACCGCCAGUGAUUGCCGAAGCCUUGGCCCAAGCCGUCUGUCACAACAAGUUCUUUGGGCCUUUCCUUCUGGAAUCCGAGAAACUCGCCAACAGCAAGUCUGACGACCAGUGUCCGCCGCUGCUAGACCUCUUGAAGGAUAUUCGAGAUGACCCCGCGCUCUACGACGAGGAGUACUGGGACGGCGGCGAUUCGCUCAACGACAAGAUCCUGGCCGAUGCGCCGCCGCGGAUCAUUGAAAUCGCAUCCAAAUGGAAAGUUAACGUCAAAGACCUCGAGGUGCGCACGGCCGAGAUGAUCAACGUGAAUGCGUGGAUGACGGGCGCGGCGCAACGAGCCGACAAGGAGAUCAAGCUCGACUUCUUUUUCAUCCACUCCCUCAAUUGUUCCAUCUUCUUCUCAGCGUUCAACGCGCAGCCGUGGCUCAGCGCGGAGAACAAGGCACGGCUGCUCGAGUGGAAAGUGCGCAUGGACAUCUUGCAGUACGCGUCUCGUCUGGCUCCCGAGUUCCAUCCCGAGGAGAUCGACAACUACAAGCCCCGGCAGCCGGGCAGGUCGUGGAAGGAGAUUAUCGAUCAGACCAACAAAAUGACGCACGACGACGGACAUAUCCCCAAGCUGAUCCGCGCCCUGGCGCAUGGCACCAAAGCGUGUCGUUUAUACGAAGAACAAAAAGAGUUGUCGGCGCGAUUUCCCUUGAAGGAGAGCGGCUGGUUGCAAAUUGCACACAUGGCCGUCGAUACGACGACGGGGGCUACGGUGCCGGCUCGGUGGGUGAGAGGUGCAGGGGGGGCCCGGAACUGGGCCUCAUUUGCCAACCGGUCACAAUUGUAGAUUUUCAGAGGAGGAAGAGGGCAUGAUGAUGAUGGUGACGAUGAGAAUUGUAGUCACAGUGGUUGUUCAUCAUGAUGUCCAAAAAGUGAAUCGCAGCACAAAUUUUGUUGCCAUGUAAAAACUGUGGCAGAGGGGGCACCAAUGCCAGCGAAAUGGUCUGGGCGUCCGUCUAGGCCGAGGGCUAAAGAGUGGCUUCGAGGUUGGCUUCUGGGUGUCUCUCGUGGGCUCCAAGAUCCGUUCCAAGGGCUCUUUGAGGCUCCCGAGCAUCCCCGGAAUUCACAAUAGACCAAACCAAUUUAGGCACCGAGGGGUGUCUUGCCCCUGCCGAGGGUGGCGAACAAGGGU